AUGCGGGUGUUGGGCAUAUUUGCCGUGGCCGCCAUCGCCAGCAUCCGAGCUGCGUCAAUCGAUCAUGACACGGUUCAGCCGUUCGCACAGCCGGAACCGACCACCGACGCCGAGAAAACUGCAGUCAAAUUCAAGCCUUCACUUGCAGUAAAGGCUGGAUGUCACCCGUACCCCGUCGUGAAUGCUGCCGGGGAUACGGGUGCUGGAUUGAAAGGAACGGGGCGUUCUGACGGUGAAUGUACGGGCUCUCCCUUAGGCUCGCAGGUGUACAGUCGAUCGACUUUGUAUGAGAACAAGUGGGCCAUCAUGUACGCAUGGUAUUUUCCAAAAGACAUGCAGGAUAUAGGCCUUAUCAAGAAGGGUGUUCGUCACGAUUGGGUAAACCUGGUAGUUUGGCUCGACAAUCCAACUCUAGCCAAGCCGACAAUACUAGCAACCUCGGCGUCGACGUAUGGUACUCAGUAUGUGAUCAGUAAGCCACCCAAGAGGUCGGACAUCAUUAAUGGCACCACGGCGAAGGUGCGGUACGAUGAGGACGACCGAGACGGGUGGCACACCAUUUUCCAGUUCCUCGAGGAAGGGGAAUACCAAGACCUCAUCCAGUGGACCCAACUGACAGACGCGGCUCGAGAAGCCUUGGAGAACACCGACUUUGGAGAUUUCGCCAAUGUGCCUUUCAAUGAUGCGUACUUUGAAACAAACCUCAAGGCUGCGUCGACGUACUACGUGUAUAGACGUCGUCGAUACGGCGGCGCCACAAGUCACUCGAUUUGGGAAUAA